AUGAUGAAACAAUCAAUAACGACAUCAUAUAAUAAUGAGAAUAUCGAAAAAUAUUCAAAAACUGCAGCAUUAUCAGCUGUAACUUGUGAUCUAUGUUCGACUUUGGUCACAUCACUUCAGGAUCUAUCAGAAUCUGGUAAAAAUGCAGAUGAAAUAAUUAAAUUUGCUAUCGAUUUUUGUACUUUAUUCCAUAUUGAAAAGAAAAAUGUUUGUGAAGGAAUUAUACCAUUAUUUAGAAAUGAAACAUUUGAAAUUGUUGCAAAUAAAACAUAUUCACCUGUUUAUAUAUGUGGAUUUGUUGGAAUUUGUCCGUUCAAUCCAGCCAAUUAUAGUGGAACUAUUGUAUUCCCAACACCAAAACCACCUCAUGUACCACCUGUACCACCAGCAAAAGGUGGUCCAACCAAAACUAUUUUACAUUUGAGUGAUUUUCAUAUCGAUCAAUUCUAUCAAGAGGGAAUGAAUGCAGAUUGUGGUCAGCCGGUUUGUUGCCGUGCUGCCGACGGUCCAGGCUCCGGUUCAAAUGCUGCAGGUGCCUGGGGUGACUACAGAUGCGAUGUAAACUUGCCAAUGGUUCACAGCAUGCUCUCAAAUAUUGCAAGCCAAGUGACUCCAGACUAUAUAUUCUGGACUGGUGAUAAUCCACCUCACGAUGUCUGGAUGCAAACUCAUGAAACUCAGCUUAAUGCAUCGGCAUUGAUAACCGAUCUUCUCGAUAAAUACUUCCCAGGCGUUCAAGUCUAUCCCGCCAUUGGAAACCACGAAGGUGUACCAGUAAAUUCAUUCCCACUACCAGAUACCGGUGGAGCCAACUGGCUGUACAGUCAACUCGAGAAGGACUGGUCGAAUUGGUUGUUGUCAUCGGGUGUCGACACCUCAACAAUCUCUCUCGGUGGAUAUUACAGUGCGGAAAUGAUGCCUGGCACCAGAUUGGUAUCGCUCAAUAUGAACUGGUGUAACAACCAGAAUCUCUGGAUGAUCCAGAAUAUCACCGAUCCAGCUGGAAUGCUCGAGUGGCUCAUCGAGACAAUGGAGUCGAUCGAGGCUGCCAAAGAGCGUGCCUACAUCAUCGGACAUAUCCCAACAGGUAUCUCUGACUGCAUCGAUAUCUGGGCACAACAACUCUAUCAGAUUGUCGAUCGUUAUGAAGAUUCCAUUAUUGCGCUAUUCUUUGGACACACUCACCACGAUCAAUUCCAAGUUUACCACGACAAGACCGACGGACAUCCAAUGGCAGUUAGCUACAUCGCACCAUCAGUCACCACCUACACCAAUCAAAAUCCAUCCUAUCGUAUCUAUACAAUCGAUCAAGAUUCCGGUUAUAUCUUGGAGUCUAGUACAUACCAUGGUGACGUCGCCGAUGCCAACACCAAAGGAUUCCCCACUUGGAAACUCACCUACAAUGCAACUACCGCCUACAACAUGACCAAUAUGUUUGCAGCUGAUUGGCAAUCAGUACUCGACAAUAUGAACACAAACACUCAAGUAUUCAAUCAAUAUUACAACUUCUUUUACGCACAAUCACCAUAUGCAUCGAGCAAUCCAUGCACCUCCAAGAGUUGCAUCGAUUACUACACUUGUGAAGCAGCAUCCGGUUACUAUGCCCAAUAUAAACAGUGUGUCGCAAACAAGAGCAAUGGUGAUCUAGAACAACUAACAAAAACUCAAAACUUUGUAAAGUCAUUACCAAAAGCUUUGUCGUCAUUCACAACGUUGACAAAAAACUUUAACCAACAUUCAACCUACAAACAUAUUCGUAAGAAUAAUAAACUUUAUUAA